AUGGGUCGCUUUGGGUCGCAGACCAGUACCUACAACAGGCUGGUGGCCAUCUUUGUGGCCAUCGGGUCGAUGACCUACGGUUACUGUGCUUCUAUCAUCUCUAGCACGAUCGGCCAGCCAGGAUGGUAUACUUACUUCAACCUUCCCGCCGAGGGUGAACCUGGCUAUGACAGUAUUACAACCCCCGCCAUCUCGACCGCCAAUGGUGUCUUUAGCGCUGGUGGUGCCGUUGGCACCCUGUUUAUGAUGUGGUCGUGCGAACACUUUGGUCGCAAGGCCAACAUCCAACUGGGUGCUUUCUUUACCAUGUUCGGCGGCGCCCUUCAGGGUGGUGCUAACUCUCUUGCUAUGUUCCAAGGCGGUCGCUUCGUUUGCGGGCUUGGAAUCGGUAUCCUUGUCACAGUCUGCCCUAUGUACCUUUCCGAGAUGUCGAGUGCCCUCCGUCGCGGCUGGCUCGUCGGUCACCAUGCCAUUUUCCUUGUCUUCGGAUAUAUGCUUGCUGCGUGGGUGGGCUUUGCAUGUUACUAUGCGGAGAGCUCUAACCCCUCUUUUGGCUGGCGAUUCCCUCUGGCUCUUCAAUGUCUUCCACCUUUGGUCUUGUUUAUUGGGUCUCCUUGGCUUCCUCGUUCUCCCCGUUGGCUGAUAUCUAAGGGUAAGUUUGACGAGGCUGAGCGUGUACUUUUGCGUCUCCGCCAGUCCCCAGAUGAUCCCGAUAACCUGGUUGCCAAGGAGGAGUUCUACCAGACAAAGGAGCAGAUUCGACUGGAGGCUGAGAGAUUGUCUGAAUAUGGCAAUGUGUGGAAUGCAGUGAUCAAAAAGAAGUCGUAUCGCAAGCGCAUGGCCAUUGGCUUCCUUACCCAGUGGGGUGCUGAGUUUGGCGGGCCUUUGAUUAUCAACAACUAUGCCGUUCUCCUGUACACCAACCUCGGAGAGAAAGGCAGCAUGCCUCUUUUGCUAAGCGCCAUCUGGUUGACCACUGCUGGGCUGAUUUACAACCCUCUGGGUGCCUGGCUGCACGAUCGAGUCAACUCCCGCCGUGGGAUGUACAUGACUGGGUUUGUCGGUAUUAUUUGCACGACGUCUUGCCUUGCUGCCAUGACCGCUCAAUAUGCCGGUACUACCAACAAGGUCGGCAACGGCUUUGGUAUUCUAUUUAUGUAUUUGUACCUGGCCUUCCAGGGAACUUGCUGUGAUACUACCAUGUACCUCUACGUCUCGGAGAUUUUCCCUACUGAGAUUCGCCCCAUUGGCAUGGGCUUUUCGCUAUUCGGCCAGUUUGCUGCGACAUUGAUCCUCCUGGAGACCGCUCCGAUGGGCUUCAACAACGCUGGCUGGAAGUACUACCUCGUCAUCAUCUGCUGGUCUGCAUUCUUCAUUCCGAUCAUCUACUUCUUCUUCCCUGAGACCGCUGGCCUAACUCUCGAGGAAAUUGCCAAGAACUUCGGUGAAGAAGUUGCUGUCAAUCUCACCGAUGCGACCGACGAAGAAAAGGCUCAGCUCGAUCGUCAACUUGCUCAGAAUGAUGGCAAACUCCCACACAACUACGGCAGUCGUGAAUUUUCGAAGAAUGUCGAGAAGGAUGACACCGUGCAACCGCGGUAG